ACUCUCUUAAUCCUUUCAAGUUAUCACUUAAUCGCUUUUAUUUAACAUUCUUAUUUUUAAAUAUAAGGGUUUUAAAAUUUUUUAAACAAUUGUAAUGUUAUAUAAUACUAUGCAUUUCUAUUAUAUUCAUUCAAUUAGAGGAUGCUUUGCUUUACAAAUAUUUAUAAAUUAUUAUAUAUAAUAAGUUUAUUUAAAAAGAAAAUAUAGAAAAAAUAAAAUGAUUAUUAUUUUAUUUUUUAAAAACUUUAAGAAAUCAUACUAUAUAUCUAUGACUAGUAAUGAGAUUAUAAUAACAAAAAUAAUUGAGAGGUUAAGUUAGAUUAAGUUAAGUUCUUCUAAAUGUUUUUCAUGUGGCUACAAGUUUUUUCCACAAUUUUGUCAUUUUCAAUUCAUUUUUCAUACCAAAGUCAAUAUCAUAAUAUAAAUGUAUACAUUUUGUACAUAGAAUUUGAAAGAAGAAAAUUACAAUCACUUAAUUGGAAAUGCAGAAACCGUAUUGUGAACCGAAUUGGUAAAGAUUAAUGAGGAACAUGAAAUAUCGAAUUAAUGAGAAUGGAAAUGAAAAUUAUAAUUUCGCUAUUGAAAAUUAAUUUUCCAGAAAGAAAUUAAAAAAUUAAUCAUCAAAAAUAUCGUUUCGCUUCAUUUUUAAUUCAUUUCCGUUGUUUUAAUGAUAACGAGCGGAACAUGAUUGGUUAAAAUUGGAGAUAAAUAAAAACUAUCUUCUUAUGGAAAGUUCUUGUUGCAUAAGAAAGUGGAAUUGGCAUUGAUGAAUGCCAAAUGACUUAUGGGUCGUGAAUUUUAUUUUACGACCCGGUACUUGGAAAAAAUUAAAAGGAUGAUUUAGCUUGCAUGAGUGAAGCAACAAACAAGAAAUGGCGGAUUCAUGAAUGUCAGUGAAUUGCACAAAGUCAAUAAAGUGAUUUUGAUCGAUUGAUAUUAUUAGAGAGAAAUUAUAGAAAUAUAGAAACAAAGAAAAGUAUAGAAGAAAGAAUAUUGAAUAGAUAAGAAAUUUAAUAUAUUUAUUAUAAAUUUUCAAACUUUUGAAAGAAAUAUCUAUAAUAAUAAACUUUAUUAUCUGAAAGCAUAGAAAUUUUUUUUUUAUUAAAAUUAUUUUUUUAAAUUUUUCAGUCAUUUUUAAAUUUUUAUCACUUUUGAUCGCUUAAAAAUUUGAUUAAAAAUUUAUUAUUUGAGAGGUCCAAUAUUACGAAUGUUGAAAAUAAAUUUAUCAAGAAUUUAAAAAGAAUUUACAAGUAAACAACUUGUACUAAGUAGAAAAACUGGUUUUCAUGUUCAUUAAGUAACUAUUUCAAGAAUUGUCUCAUUUCCAACUUAAAAGGUAAGAAAUGUUUGAAAAUGAAUGAAAAUAAUACUUAAAAUAAUGUUUUGAUAAAUUAAAAAUGAAUAACAAAAUUCUAACCUAACUUUUUUUUAAUUCUUAGCGCAUAUCAGCACAUAUUCAAAAUAUUUUACUGGUAAUAAAUUUCUCGAAAUUACUUAAUUUUCAUUGUUCUCAACUAGAAAUACUUUUUUUAGACGACAUUUGUCAAAAAACAUACUAUACAGAUCUUACGUUUUUAAUAAUUUAUAAACUUGUUCCUAAACAAAGAAAGUGUUUACUUACAUUUUACGGAAUGCACACAAGGUUGCACGAGCCUCGUGGCAUUCAAAAUAUCAAAUAAACUCCUGAGAAAUCUACCUUUCGCUCACAACCAGCUAUAGAACGUUCCUUUAACCCAGUUUCUAAUUUGUACUACGACAAUCGCGUCUUCGAAUGAAGCGAAGAUGCAUUGAUUUUUUGCUAACGGCUUGAGUGGACCAAUCUGUUAUGUAUAAAGGAAUGAAAUCGUAACCUUGCUUGCAAUGGAUCUAAUGUCGUAUGAUUUUGUAGUUAUCGGAGGUGGAAGUGCAGGUGCAACAGUUGCAUCACGAUUAUCAGAGGAGCCACGAUUUUCGGUACUAUUGUUAGAAGCUGGAUUAGAUGAACCCACUGGGACGCAGAUACCUUCGUUCUUUUUCAAUUUCAUUGGAACUGACAUCGAUUGGCAGUAUAAUACCGAAAGUGAAGAUACUGCGUGUCUAAAUAAAGAUGAUCGAAAAUGUUAUUGGCCCAGGGGGAAAGUUCUGGGUGGAACCAGCGUUAUGAAUGGCAUGAUGUAUAUAAGGGGCUCGCGAAAGGAUUACGAUGACUGGGCGAGGCUAGGUAACAUAGGAUGGUCUUAUCAAGAUGUCCUUCCAUAUUUCAUCAGGAGCGAGGAUAAUCUUCAAGCAAACACCAUGGAUUAUGGUUAUCACGGUGUUGGUGGACCACUCACAGUCACGCAGUUCCCUUAUCAUCCGCCCUUGAGUUAUUCUAUUCUCGAAGCUGGAAAGGAACUCGGUUAUGGUAUCGCGGAUUUAAAUGGACGAACUCACACUGGAUUCGCUAUAGCUCAAACGACCUCCAGAAAUGGUUCACGACUUUCGACUGCCCGAGCAUUUUUACGACCAGCUAAAAAUCGUCCAAAUCUCCAUAUAAUGCUCAAUUCCACGGCAACUAGAAUACUAUUCGACAAUAACAAAAGGGCAGUUGGUGUAGAAUUUGUUCAUGAUGGAAAGAUCCAUCGAGUCUCUGUGGCGAAAGAAGUAGUUAUAAGUGGAGGUGCCGUUAAUUCACCACAAAUACUUUUGAACAGUGGUAUCGGUCCUCGGGAAGAAUUGAAUGCUGUUGGUGUCCCGGUUAUUCAUGAUUUACCUGGUGUAGGUAAAAAUCUUCACAAUCACGUCGCCUAUACGCUGGUCUUCACUAUUAAUGAUACUGAUACGACUCCUCUUAACUGGGCAACUGCAAUGGAAUAUCUUCUCUUCAGAGAUGGAUUGAUGUCUGGUACAGGUAUUUCCGAGGUAACAGCGAUGAUAAAUACGAAAUACGCGAAUCCAAAGGAGGAUCAUCCGGAUGUUCAGUUGAUAUUCGGUGGAUACCUAGCAGACUGCGCAGAAACGGGUAUGGUCGGUGAAACGAAGGGUAAUAACCGAACCAUUUACAUCAUUCCAACAUAUCUUCAUCCAAAGAGUCGUGGUUAUCUUCGUCUACGAAAUAACGAUCCUCUUUCGAAACCGUUGAUCUAUCCGAAGUAUUUGAGUCAUCCUGAUGACAUAGCAGGCCUUAUAGAGGCUAUUAAAUUCAGUAUCAGGUUGUCUGAAACUGAGGCUCUCAGCAGAUAUGGAUUUCAAUUAGAUCGUACACCUGUGAAAAAUUGUGAACACUUAGAAUUCGGUUGCGAUGCUUAUUGGGAGUGCGCUGUAAAGCAUGAUACUGCGCCAGAAAAUCAUCAAGCAGGUUCUUGCAAAAUGGGCCCACCGGACGAUCCUCUCGCUGUAGUAGACAAUCAAUUAAGAGUCAGAGGAGUGAGAGGCGUCAGAGUAGCGGAUACUAGUAUUAUGCCAAGGGUCAUUUCCGGUAACACAAAUGCGCCUGCCAUUAUGAUAGGAGAACGGGCUGCAGAUUUCAUCAAGAGGACCUGGGUCGGCUGAAAAAAGUUUUUUCAUUAAAAAGAAACUUCCUCUGAAAUAAAAACUUAGAAAGAAAUUUAUAAUUGAUCACGAUCCAUGAAAAUAUUGAAUUUAAACGAAAAUUUGAUUUUUAAAAAGAAACGUAAUUGAAAAUAAAUAUAAUUUAAUUAUUUAAUUAUUUAAAAUAUCUUUGAUCUAUUUUCAGAAUAUUUUUCAAAUAAUUAUAAAAUUUUUCUUUGAAAAUGAAUCUUUGAAAUAUUUUUAAGAAAUCUGAAUUGAUGAUCUUUUACAAAUUGAAAAAUGAAGAAGUUUUUAAUUUAUAAGAGGAAAUUAGAAAGAUAAUUAGAAAGAUAUAUGAUGAAUUUAAUUACAAAUUUCUUUCAAUAUUUCAAUCUUUAAAAAAGCUAAGGUAGCGCUGCGCGCAUUUACAAUUUUUAUAAAAUAUUAUAAAUAUUCUAUAUAUCGUUAAAAAAUUUUAAAUUCAUUUAAAUUUGAUAAAUCCUAGAUUAUCUGUAGUUUUAGAAAAUUGUACCAGUAAUGGUGGUAGCUACCUCUGCUUUGAACCCUUUUUUUUUUUCAGGAAAAGGGUAUGGAUACUGUAAAUAGUUCACUAAUAGUAUCGAAUACAACUAUUCUAAUAUAAUAAAUAUAAUUUAUAUUGUUA